CAUCGUUAUAUUCUGUUUGGUUUGAUUUGAUUAUUAAUCAACUAACAUUAAGAAUCAUCAUCUUCAUCAUAAUGAGUUAUAAUAGAACAACCAAUAAUAAUACUAACAACAAUGAGGAUAAAUCCAUCCGAGUUGGAAAUAGACUCAAUGCAAAGGUGGGUAAAAUAGCAUCAAUGUACAAUGCUCUUGAUAAUGACUCUCACGCUACUAUUAAGAGAAGAAAUCCAAUUAGUGGAACCACAUCAUCCAAUGUAACAACCAAAGUUGUUUCAAGCACUGUGCAGACGAGAACAGUGGCUAAGAAACCAACCCCAACCACACAUCAUUCUACUGUAAAUUCAAUGAAACCCUCUGCAGUUACGAAUACAAACAAAUCGAGAAAUGUUGGUGCAGUUUCAAAACCUGUGGUAAAGACAACAACAAAAACAAGUACUGUGACAAGUAAUAUUGAUAAGAGAGAUGCCAAUGAUAGGAAAGCUGUUGAAAGGAAGGAGGUGAAUGAUAAGAAAGCAGAAGUAACAGUUGUCAAUAAUCAUCAGAAUAAGUAUUUUGAUAACUUUAAACCACAACCAUUUCAAUGUGAUGCUUCAAGAAUUAGAAAAUAUGAACCUAAUUAUUCUGAAAUAGAUAAGAGAGCUAGGAAUACACCUAAAUCUGAGGAAGCUUCUAUUGAGAGACUUGCUCAAUAUUUAACUUCUCCCUACAAUACUGUGGAAGAAAAAGCUAGGUCACUUUACAUUUGGAUUACAUAUAAUAUUGACUAUGAUGUAGAUGGUCUGUAUUCUGGAAAUGCACAUUAUACUGCAGACACAUCCUUUAAGAGUAGAAGAGCUGUGUGCAGUGGAUAUUCUGAUAUUUUGAAAAAGAUGUGUGACUGCUGUAAAAUGGAGUGUGUUACAAUAUCAGGUUGUGCAAAAGGAGCUGGUUAUGUGAUUGGUGCGCCAGUAGCUUCAAAUCAUGCAUGGUCUGCCAUCAAAACUGAAGAUGGUCAAUAUAGAUUGAUCGAGUCAACUUGGGGAUCAGGCUAUCUUGCACCAAACAGUAGCUCAAAAUGGGGAUCAGCCUUUGAAAGAAGAUUUGUGGAUAGGUACUUCUUUAUGAGUCCAUAUGAAUUCAUUGCAGAGCAUUUUCCAGACGAUUCCAAGUGGCAACUCUUACCAAAAACUGUAACCAAGGAAGAAUAUGAAAAGAGAGUUGCUAUUAAAGGCAACGGGUUCAGCAAUGGAUUGAGUUGUGUUUCCCAUCCCUAUGGGCUUUAUACUUUAACUGAUUCAAAUGUUUGUGAAAUUGUGAUGAAAGUUUUUCCAGGAACUGAAUCCUUGAUCAAUCUCUGUGAGGAAAAGAAUGGAACAGCUCUCUGGGAUGCUGUCAAUGUCACAUAUUCUGACAAUAAGGACACAAUUACAGCAAAGAUUUGUUUCCCAAAAAAGAAUGUAAAAUAUUCUGUCAGAGUGUUUGUUGGAGAAAAGGGAAGUAAAUUAGAAUGGGUUUGGAGCAAAUGUUCACGGUGAGUCCAUCAGCUAAGGUUGAUGAUAGAGGUUUUCCAACGAUGUAUUCAGACUUUGGUUCCCUUAAUCUUUCCUUGGUCACUCCUAAUUUUGGUAAAUUAUCUAAAAACUCAACAUACACUCUAGAAAUUGCAACCAAAGGAAUGCCUAUUGAUUUAAUGAUAACAGGAACUAACUCUGGCACUACAAUGCACAGUCAUAAGGGAGGAGGUAAUUGUAAAUGUUCAUUCACAACCGGUGUUGACCCUAACGUUACUGUUUUUGGAAAAACUGAUCCAAACACAAGAAAUUACAAAGGAUUACUUGUUUAUAAAGUUGGUUAAUUCUUG